AUGCUACAUGCCUGCUUUUCCGUCAUAUUCACGGCACACCUUUCUCUACAACAAACCCGGGUUGGUAGCUAGAGCGUAGAAACUCAAAUUUCAGCGAAUCAAACUUUCCUUGAACUUCAUAAGUAGUUGGGAACGGACCAGCGGAAACCCACUCGGUCUGCUAUGCGUUAAAAUCACUGCUCGAUCCCCCAUAGAGCACACACUGGUCUGGCUUGCCUUUGCACCAGACGUAGAAAGAUCUUGCUGUUCAGACAGAGUUUCCUGUGCAGUGAGGGCACUACACCACUCAUUGGACCACUUGUGGUAAAGCCUUUACAACUCAACAACUCGGCCAGGGUUUUUACACAAUGGGUGUUGCUUUGGUACCAAACAGUGUUCGUCGCCGAAUCACAACAAAGAAUGAAAUCCUUCGUGGAAUUUUGGCUGAAAUGGCGGGAAUAUUCGUUCUGGUGCUUUUUGUUGACGGCGGCCUAGCCGGUGGUAUAGUGAGCGGCUGGGUGUCAGGUACACCCGUCUCUACGGCCUUCACCUCCGGUAUGGGAGUCGCAUUUGGUAUCUACACAGGAGUAGCUGUGUCAGGUGGUCAUGUCAACCCAGCGAUAACUAUUGGUCUAGCUUCGGUCGGCAAGUUUCCAUGGCGACGUGUUCCUUUGUGGAUUAUGGCUCAGUUAGUAGGUGCUUUCUGCGGUGCCUCCGUCGUCUUCGGGCUAUAUUACCCGGCCAUUGAACAUUUUGACGGGGGAAAUAGGACGGUAUUUGGGCCUACUGGUACCGGUGGAAUCUUCUGUACUUACCCACAGCCGUACUUUGGUGUAGGGGUCGGUACCGUGGAGCAGAUUGUCAACACUGGGUUGCUGCUUUAUUGCACCCUCGUCUUCUUCGAUGAGAAAAACGGCAAACCGACGAAAGGAAUGGAGCCUUUUUUCGUGGGUCUGGCCGUGGCAAUGAUCAUCCUGGCUUGGGGUCAUAAUGCCGGCUCGCCCAUGAACCCAGCUCGGGACUUUGCCGGUAGGCUCUUGACGUGGAUUGCUGGUUAUGGGAAUGAAGUGUGGAUGCCAAGAGGAGUUCACUGGUGGUGGAUACCUCUGUUUAUUCCACCCAUUGGAGGCAUCGUUGGUGCCAACUUCUACUGCCUCAUGGUUGAGAUGCAUCACCCUACAGGCGACGAAGACAUCGAUUUAGAUGAUAUCAAAUACAUCAAGAAAAGUGAGACAGACCAAAAUCAGAAUGAUGAUAUCAAGUUGGUAGGGGUCAAAGACGGAACAAGAUCCAUUCUUGAAUAAGGCCCGCUUGUAGUAAAAGAAAAUUAUGCCAACGGACGCAAGAUAUUCAGGGAUGCUUGAUGCAGCUAUCUUCCAAUUGCAUUGUAAAAACACAAGUAGGGUCUUCAGUAAUUUAAAAACAAAAACAGUUUAGUUUCAAUGUUUAUUUACCAGGUCGUCAUACUCUCUCAAAAUUAAAGAGUGAACAAUCAAUCACAAUUUGUCCAUGUGCCUCCAAACCACUCUUCCAAAGAGGCGACUGCUCUAUACUCCGACAUCUCUAUGUUCCGACACCCCUAUGUCGACACCCCUAUGUUCCGACACCCCUAUGU